AAAAUUUAGCUCAAUACAUGCAACAAAAAUGGGCGAGAUUAAUCCUCAAGCUCCUCAGUCAACUUCCCUAUUCAACUUUUUUCAGCUCAAAUAUCUUCUUUAUUUGCUAAUCUUUUGCCUAGGUGCAUCAAUGGGCAGCUUAAGCACUUCAUAUUUCGACAGCCUUUCAUUCAACAUACAAAACUUCAUUUCCACUUCUUCAUCUAUUAUCACAUCAUCGCCGUCAUCACCUCCAUUCCCUGCACCACUUCCACCACCACCGCCACCACGACAACCCGAAGAAGUAGUCCUCGUGUCAGCCGACAAUGCAACUAGUCCUAAUACAACAUGUAGUGACAAUUUGACUACUUCUAGGGUUGUUACAUUAAAGGAGGAGAAGUCUAUCAUGCACAAUAUGAGUGACAAGGAGCUGCUUUGGCUCGCUUCUAUGCUGCCGAAAAUUCGAGAUUUCCCGUACGAACGUGUCCCGAAAGUGGCUUUUAUGUUCUUGACGCCAGGGUCUUUGCCACUUUCGCCUCUGUGGGAGAUGUUCUUCAAAGGGCAUGAAGGUCUUUACUCUAUCUACGUGCAUGCUCAUCCUUCUUACCAUUACAAUUACCCGAAGAACUCCGUCUUCUAUGGUAGAGCUAUUCCUAGCAAGCCAUUAUGGUGGGGAACAGUAUCAAUGAUAGAUGCCGAAAGAAGACUUUUAGCAAACGCCCUUUUGGAUCUUUCGAACCAAAGAUUCGUGCUACUAUCCGAAACAUGCAUUCCACUCUUCAACUUCACCACCAUUUACAGGUACCUCACCAAUUCAAAGCUCAACUUUCUCAGCUUAUACGAUGACCGCUCAGGUGUCGGCCGGGGCCGAUACCGACAAGGAAUGUGGCCACCGAUAGCCCUUGAAGAUUGGCGGAAAGGCUCUCAAUGGUUCGAAAUUGAUCGUGUCCUCGCUCUCCGAAUUGCAUCUGAUAAACCAUAUUACGACGCAUUUAGUAAAUUUUGUUUACCACCUUGUUAUAGUGAUGAACAUUAUUUGCCAACAUUGGUGAACAUUUUGUACGGGGAAUCGAAUUCGAAUCGGAGUGUUACAUAUGUGGAUUGGUCUCAAAGGGGUGCUCAUCCGAGAAGAUUUGAGCGCGGUCAGAUUAAUCGUGAGAGUUUGGAUCGAAUUCGAUUCGGAUCGGAAUGUAUCUAUAACGGGAACAAUACAAGAAUGUGCUAUUUAUUUGCUCGGAAGUUUCAUCCGAAUGCGUUGGAGCCCUUGUUGAAAAUGGCUCCUGUGUUAUUUGGUUGAACUUUAGAAUCUAUUCAUUUAUACAAUCAUAUUGAAGACUUUACACAUUCCUUGAACAAAGAAAUAUUAUUG